AUGGAGGAGGGAGAGGGGAAGCGGCCUAGGGUCGCGUCGACUCCUUCGCUCCACCCCGAUCGCCUCACGAUCGUCCUGACCACAUCGCCGAUCAAGACGCACCCGUCCACGCGGCUCAUCGAGGAGGUCUUCGAGUCCAUCGCGGUGCUCGCGGGGCUCGGAGACAGCAGGAAGAUCAUCGUCGCCGACGGCGUGAAGGUCAGGGAGCACGACAAGUUCCGCUCCGGAAUCUGCACUCCCGAGGCCAUGAGCAACUACAGGCACUACCUCUCGCGGCUGGAAGCCCUCACCAAGACGGAGGGCAGCCCGCUGCGCGGGGCGGAGCUGCUUGUACUGGACGAGCGCCACGGCUUCGCGCACGCCCUGCGGCGGGGGCUCAUGCGAGUCGCCACCCCGUUCGUGCUCGUGGCGCAGCACGACCGGUCCUUCGUCAGGCCCGUGGAGGUGUCGCACGUGCUCGACGUCAUGGAGACGGCGAACGAACACACCGUCUGCACCGACUCGGGGCGGGUCAACUACGUCGGGUUCCCGACGACGACGACGCUGUCGCACAAAACGUACGUCGCGAGCAAGUACGGGCUGGCGGUGGAGCCGGUGACGCGCGACGUCCCGGAUCCGAAGGUUGACGGUUCGAAGCCGGGACGUUCCGGGACCGAUGAUCACCUCAGGACGAACGACGAGCGCCCGAGCACGCUCAAGCUGCUCCCCUUGGUCCAGUUCUACGACAGCAUGCACGUCGCGUCCACGCGGUGGUACCUGUCCCGGGUGUUCGGCCGGUCGCGGUACGUGAACCUACCGAGGGGGGGGUUCAUAGAGGAUACCCUGGGUCAGCACAUGCUGAGAACGAUCCGGGAGGAGUGCGUGGGACCGAGGGCGUCGGACGCGGACGCCGUCGCGCGCGCGCACGCCGCCUUCGGCACGUUCGUGUACCAGGACGACUCAAUGGAGACCAAGUGCGGCCACAUCGACGGACACGACGUGUUGACCGCGAAAGGGUCGUGUCGCAAGUACGGUUUCGGAUACUCGCACACGUCCGAGGAGCGCUGGCGAGAGAUCGAGGGGGGCGCGGGUCACGCGCACUGGGGCGAGGGGACGUACGAGACCGUGACGGGGUACAGGGACGAUCCGGGGUCCGUCGCUUUGGGCGCGGACGUCAACGUUUAG